AUGGCUUCUACCGUCCACCAGAGGAGCCUAAUUGCAUUAAUGAUGGCAAUCUUUGUCGCUGGAGCCAACGCCAUUGACAUCUUUCUGGAGUGGAAUGUUACCCUCGACAACACCUUCAAACCUGUGUCCCAAGAUCAACCUGUUAUCACCAUCAAUGGGAUGUUCCCAGGACCCCUUAUCAAUGCCACAACCAACGAUCUUGUCCACGUAAACGUUUUUAACAACAUGGAUGAGCCUCUACUCUUUACAUGGAAUGGCAUACAGCAAAGGUUAAACUCAUGGCAAGAUGGAGUGUCCGGCACAAACUGCCCAAUCCAACCGGGCACGAACUGGACUUAUGUGUUCCAAACAAAGGACCAGAUUGGCAGUUUCUUCUAUUUUCCCUCUAUCAACUUUCAGAAGGCUGCCGGAGGGUUCGGACCCAUCCGUGUCAACAAUCGUAAUGUCAUCGCCGUUCCCUUUCCCAAGCCUGAAGCUGAGUUCGAUUUUCUAAUUGGUGAUUGGUAUUAUGACAACUACAAGCUGAUUAGGUCAAGGAUGCACUUCAACACAGUAGCAUUUGAUGGUAUCUCCGAUAUCAUGUUGAUGAAUGGCAAAGGCCCUUUUGGGCAUCAACUGACAAAAGCCUAUGAAUCUUUCAAUGUUACUAAAGGGAAGACGUAUAGGUUCAGGAUAUCGAAUGUGGGGAAUGCGAUGAGUUUCAAUUUCAGGAUUGAAAACCAUCAAAUGGUGUUGGUUGAAACAGAAGGGUCUUACACCAAUCAGAUCACGUUGGACUCCCUGGACGUGCACGUUGGCCAGUCAUACUCUGUUCUCGUCACAGCCGAUCAAAACGAGGCAGAUUAUUACAUUGUGGCAUCUCCUAAACUGAUAGGCCCUGCUUCUAGAAGCCUUGUGGGCGUUGGGGUGCUACACUAUUCCAAUUCCAAUACACACGUUAACGGGCCUUUGCCGACCGGGCCUGACCCAUUUGAUCUGGAUUUUUCAGUUAAUCAAGCUAAAUCCAUUAGGUGGAACCUGACAGCAGGAGCUGCGAGGCCGAACCGACAAGGAAGCUUCAACGUGACAAAUGUGACCCUAUCGCAAACCUUCAUUCUCCAAGGCUCAAAGGCUGCCAUUGAUGGCUUGCCACGUUAUGCCAUCAACAAUGUGUCUUAUUACACUGUAGACACCCCACUGAAACUUGCUGAUUACUUUGUGAAUGGGUCUGGUGUGUACAAUCUCGACCAAUUUCCUGUUAAAACUGUCAAUGCUGCCGCCGCAUAUGGAGUCUCUGUUGUUACUGGGAUUCAUAAGGGGUGGAUAGAGCUUGUUUUUAUGAACAAUAUUUUGGAUGCCGUGGAUUCUUGGCAUUUCGAUGGUUUUGGGUUCUAUGUUGUCGGGUUUGGCAAGGGAGAAUGGAUCCCAGACUUGCGGAACACCUACAACCUGGUGGAUCCUGUUGUCCGAUCCACCGUACAAGUGUACCCAGGAGGAUGGACGGCAGUUUAUGCAUUCCUUGAUAACCCAGGAAUGUGGAACCUCAGGUCACAACUCUCCAAAAAUUGGUUCUUGGGCCAAGAACUCUACGUUAGAGUUCAUGAUGAUGAUCCUAAUCCUGCCAAGGAGCGGCCGCCACCGGACAACCUCCUUCUAUGUGGUAUAUUUGAAUCUCAUCCUCCAGCUGGUGCGCCGUCUCCAUCUCCGGCUCCGUCGACAGGACGGUGA